CGUCAAUUGUCAGUGAGAAAGAAAGAGACAAGAAGGUAGCAGACACCAAGUCGCACACAGUAGCAGCUUCAUUCAGUCAGUGUUGCCGAUUAUUAAAAUCUACUGACACUUCCUCUCCUACACACAUUGCCACAGAACUCAACACUAAGCUCUUUACUACUAACCGGCCCUGUCUACUUUCUCUGUCUCUUCCGAUGCUCGCCAAGUGACCACCACCGCAACAUGACGGGGGAAAUCCAAGAAAAAAAAUAGAGUUUUAGAAAUGUCUGUUAUUAUUAUAACUACUGAAAUACAUUAAUUGUGUUACUAGACAUCAAUGUUGAUAGUCUCUACCAAACGGAUUUAAUUUUUCUGAUUUUUUCUCUCAAUUUUAUGAUAAAAGUGAUGUAAUGACAUGGGUCAGCUUUCUCAGCCCGUCUUUCUCUUUCUCUCUGUUACUCAGCUCCACAUCCACACCAAAUAUAAACAAACUGUAAAGAUCCUUUACUAAAUUAUAGCAAGAAUUAAAAAUAAAAAGAAGAAAAGAGCAAAAAUAAGACGAGAGAGAGAGAAAAGGCGAGAGAAUAAGAGAGAAAAAGGUGAAUGAGUGAAAGAGAAAGAGGGUCCUUUUAUUUAGUGAUGUCCUCUUGUUGAUGAUGCUGGAAUCUUUCUAUCUUGAAGCUCCGAAUCCCUCGUUCCAACAGCCGAGUUACCGAUUGCCAACAACAUUUUAAUUAAUGAGUUUGAGUCAUCUGAUGACUUGUUAUAGAAUCUGAUUUGCUCUCAGUGACGUUUCCACCAAAACUGGACCAGAUUAAUAUCAUUGAGGAGGUUGAAAAAUUGGAGUUUAAUGUAACAUAUAGACUGACGCUGAUGCUGAUGGUGGUGGUGGUGAGGGACCAUACCUAAUGUGAAGUGCAUCCUAUACUUGAUGGAGAGAGAGAGGGUAUAGACAAGUGUAACAUUGAAUACCAGAGACAGACAUUUUCUAACAGUUUACUAAGAAACCACUUUAUGUAAUGUCUUCGAGAAAUGAAGAACCUCAUUCUAAGAAAGAGCGAAGACGCAGCAACAGCCGGCUACAGUUAGAGGAAAAUGUGUUCACAACUCAAAUUUCUCAUUACCAUCAAACAAUGGGUUACUAUGCUGGUCUGGCACCACCAUUUGUGCCAGAUCGUACAUGUUACAAUAACAUCAAUUGGUCACCACGAGCGCCCCCUUGGACUGGUUGGCCUCCUCCUGGUGGAUGGUUAAACCAUUCUGUUACAAAUGGUAAUGUUCUUUCACCUCAACAGUCAUAUCCCUGUAGAGUCACUAACCGUGUCCCUCCACCUUCCUUUAAUUUACCAUCUGUAACACAACCCCACAGCUCAUUAGUAGACCCUAUUCUCGGUUCUGUACACCCUACUACCCCUGCCAACCUUCGGGGCUGGUAUACACGCUAUCCAAAUGACAUUCCACUACCAGAGCUGCCUGUGGUCAUGCCACCCACUCAGUUAGAAAACAUUGACUGCCUGCAUCCGGUUGGCAAUCACAUCCAUGCAGACCUUAAUUUCAUUGAGAAAACUGUUGUACAGAAAUGUGAAACAACGACAUCGGUGUGUGGCGGUUCCGUGACACGCAGGUCUUGGUACAAAAUGCCUGAGAAAAGCCCACCCCCACAGACUAAGAAAGAGAAACUCACAAAGGACAAUGAAAAGACGGGGAACUUGGGUGGGGUCGAAAGUACAGUGCCAAACAAACCAAAUAACUUUGAAAAUCCUGCGAUUAUUACAAAUGAUUUUAAUUGUACCAAACUGUCAACUUCAAAUUCUUCAAAAUCUUCCAACUGUCUUCCAGAUUCUGUCACUUCUUCAAAUUCUUCAAAUAACUUUGCUGAAUAUUUUCUCAAAAGGCUCAUGAAAAAGCAUCAAAAUGAAUCAAAACUCAAUAAGAGCUCAAAGACAACUAGUUCAGAAUCUGUAAUUUCUGAUAUUUUAACUACUAAUUCUAACCCAAAGAACCAUAUUCAGGUGACGUCUAGUAGUCAGUCUACCCUUAGUCAUCUUCCCAAGAAACACCAUAUCAUGGCAUUGAAUUCCUCAUUUUCAAAACGUAAUCAUCAUAUAAUUGAAGAUGUAAUAGAUUUGUCCAGAGACACUGACUCUUCUCCAUCACCACCUCCACCACCACCACCGCCACCACCAUCUCUUCCUCCUCCUGCUCUUAUUGUUACUACUCCUACUAUUUCUGCCCCUCCCACUGUCUCUGCCCCCAAUCUUUCUGCCCCUUCUGUCUCUGCUCCCUCAGCUCUUGCACGACCCCGAUCUUCUGUUGUUGAAAAAGCCAACCAUCAAAACGACGAACCUCCUUGUGACUUGGUGAUCACCAGUUCCUACUCUUUAUCUUUGUCUGGUGUUCCUCACAGAUCCAAAGACCUGAUAGCAGCAACUGGUGCUUGUAAUGUCACAAAAAAGCGUAGGUUGCCAGAUAUUAUAAAUGUCAGCCUUGAAGACAAUCAAAAAGAGAAUCUUUUAUCGACAGACAUUGUUCAGGACUACAGAUUAAAGCUGGAAAGUAGAUCAAAACGUAAAAAAUACGAGCCACGCAAGCGGGAGAACUUGGAACUUGAUGAAGACACUUCUUGUUGGCCUCCGGAGUCAAUGAACAAAUUAUUAGGCAACAACUACGAAUCUUCCACCAAGAACUAUAUCCCUGCCUCUAUAACUAAUAAAUCGCUAGGUGCUAACCAAACUGAUAAAUUUUUUGACAAAACCAACAGCAGCAACAAUGCUCCAGAAUACUGUGAUAUCGUAGAUAUUUUACAUUCUUUGUCUAAUUCAAGCUCGAAUCAAAGUCCUGUUGAGACAAAUGACAAAAUAUGGAAGUGUUGGCCUGAGGAGAGACAAGUUGAACGCAGGACGAAUAACCGUCAUGUGAAAAGUGUUAACAAUGAAAAGUGUGUCACCCUGGACGACACUGAUGAUUCUGAUGGAGUUCAAGCCGGGGAAACGAUGGCACCAAAAUCUGUGAUCCAUUCGAGGCAGUCAGUUGACACUCUAAGUACUGCUGAAAGUUCUAUGGACUCUUUGAAAAACACAAGCAUCAAUUCCAAAGCAACAGAAAACAACGACUCUUUUGGAGAAAGAACUCUGGAAAAAGAAAUUGUUUUUACCAUCAUGGAAGAUAAGGUCAGUCCAGGAAUACAACCAUUUUCUCCAUUGUCAAAAGUUUCUGUUUUAAAAGAGAAUUCAAAUUCCACUAAUUCCUCAUUAGACAAAUCUAUUAAUACCAGCAAAUUAUUAACCGAUGCUAAUCCAGAUGUUGAAAUUACCAAUUCUUCUUGGAUGAAAAUCAAACAAAAGGAAUUUGAAUCCUGUAAAUCACCAGUUAAACUUCAGGAUGAUCAGCAGAAAUCUGAUGUGGAAUCAACUGAAAAAGAAGAUUUAUCUCAAUUGGUUUCCAGUGAUGAGAGUAGCAUUAAUUCCACCGUGUGUUUGUUGCCAAGUCCUGACCGAAGUCCAUCUACUAAUUUUACCAAUGAUGAGAUUUCAUCUAUAAAAUCAGAUUUCAAGACACUCCCAGAAGCGUCUGCUGUCUAUGCUCCGUAUUAUCCUGUCAAACCAUCAACCAAUGACAGCUGUCAGCGCAGAAAAGGCCAAAGUUUGUUAGAGAAGGCCCUAUUAGCAUGUGAAAAUGAGUUGGCAACUUCAAAAAAGUUAGUUUCUGUAAGUAAUGAGACUGGAAACAAUAGUGUAAUCACCAAGAACUGUCAAGGAGUGACUGGAAAAUCCCAGGAUCGAAUGGAAACGGAAAAGGUGGAGAAUAAGAAGGAAGAAACAGAAAAUAAGGAGAAAGAUUGUGCUCGAACUGCUGGAAAUUCCAAAUAUUGGAAACAGAAGAACCAAUUCAAUAUCUUCCUGAAGGAGAAACAUAUUUUGGAUGAAAGUUUCUGUCCCAGGUCUGAAACUGAAAAGCCAAAUUCUGUUCAGCAUUUAAAACCUUACAACAACCACAACAACGGUAGCAAUAACAUCACGAACAACAACAACAACAAUACUGAUGGUGAUGAUAGUGGUGGUGAUGUUGAUGAUUGUGAUGGUUGUGGUGGUGCUGAUGAUGGUGGUUGUGGUGGUGCUGAUGAUGGUGGUUGUGAUGGCAGUCACAAAACAAACCCUAAACUGCCUGUUGAAGAGAAAACCAGUGAUAAACUAAUUGUGCUGAAAGAUGUGAAAGAAGAUGUUUGGACAGCCCGAACACCACCAGGCAUCAUGACUGCUGUUGUUUCAUCACAACUAGGGGAGGAGGAGGGAUCUCAACUGUCACAACAACAACAAAAACAACCAAACUUAAGACAGCUUCAAAAACAACAACAAACACAAGAAGAAUUGCAAGAGUUAAAAACAAAACUACAGCAAGAACAACAACAACAGUUACCACAGCAACAGCAGUCACCCGAACUACAACAGCCACAGCCACCACAACUAAAGCAGUCUCCACAACAACAACAACAACAGUCACCACCACCACCACCAAAACCACAACAACAACAGUCACCACCACCACCACCACCACCAAAACCACAACAACAACAACAACACGAGCAGGAACAGCAACCAAAUGAAAUUGUUGUUGGUAGUUGCUUAACCGAAAUUGCACCAAAGAAACUUGAUAAUGUUGCUGCAGGUGACAUCUUUCAAUUGAUUAAUAACGAGAAACAAGUCAAAGAUAACGACAAACAGGACCAAGUGACUGUGGUUCAUCAAUCUGAAAUGAAUUUCUUAAAUCUUUCCAAGAAAAUCUGUGUUAUUGAAGAAUUGGAAGAUUUAAACAAAGCUCCCUGUUUGGAGGUCAGUGAGAAUGGUGAUAUAAAUAUUGUUGCCAUAGUAACUGACUAUGAAGAACCUGUUAGUGAUAAUCUGUCAAAUUUGACCAAAUCUGAGCAUUUACUAAAAGAUGCUGUUCAUGCUAAUGUUAUUGUGUGUCCUGUUACCGAAAGUUGUUCAAUGGAAUUAGCUGAGAAUGAAACAUCGGUUGACGUUUCUGAUGGUUGCAAAUCCUCCGUGAUGUCUACACCAGAAGAACCAAUGCAAACUGACAAUGACAAUAUUCUGAGUAAAGAGGAGUCAGCCAAGACAUCUGUGGUAGUUCCAUCAGAUUUAUUGGACAAAUCUUCCAAAGAGGUUGUCACAAAAACAAAGAAUGGUGAAAUAGUCUCUGUUGGUAGCUGUGACUUCAUCAAUGAAAUUAUUUGUGACUCUUCUGUCGGUGAACCAUUGCUGAAACCUGUUAACAGUAAUUCAAGACCAACCACGAAGAGCAAUUGGUGUAAUUCUUUGUUUCCUCUUCCUUCCUGUGAAGUGAAAUUAUGCAAAACAAUCACAGACUUCAAAACUCUGUACUCUGAUAAAAUUACCAAGACUUUAUACUCAGACAAAAAAAAUGAAAAGCACAAAGAUGUUAAAAGCCAAGGAAUCUUAAAUUCAUUGUCUUUAGUUGCUAAACCCCAACAGAGGAAAUUCAAAUGGUCCAAACAAGUAAGGAAGAGUCGUUUGCUAAAGAAAUUUUACACUAAUUUUAAUAAAAGAACUAAAUGUGUAAAUAAAAAGUCAUUUCAGGAGGCCAAGUCUUCUGAAGAUAUAAAAGAAAACCACAUUGAACCAUUAUUUCUUGAAAAUCAGCUUUCACCAGGAAACCCCUUUCAAUCGCCCCUGCCAUUAAAAUAUGAUUUACAAACUCUGCAUAAUAGAAUUUUAAUGAAUUGUCCUGUCAGAUAUGGCCGUGUUUUCACUUCUCCAGAUUUGAUACAUCAUGGAGAUCCCAGUUCAUUUCAUGACAAGCAAAUUCAAACAGACAUUAAUUUCACUGGAUGUGUGACUCAUGCUUUCAGUGGUAGUUGCUAUUCUCAAGUGAGCAAUACUCCUCCUCAUUCGAUCAUUCAUAAAUUUGUCAAGUUUCAUGGUCACAAACUCCUCUGUGUAGUCAUUAAUGUAAAAAAGUAUGUUAUUGUCCGAGAAGUUGUUCAAAAAUGUUUUCUUGGGAAAAAUCAAAUUGUGUUUUAUCGGACUAAAUAUCGAGACUAUAGUUUACCUUACUUAGAGCUGCCACAUUACAUGAGGUCUUUUGCUUUGAAGUACCUUUUAGAAUCUAGUCUGGUCUUCAAUGGUAAUCGAGCGACGCCACUUGGUAUCAUGUUAUUGUCUGAUGCAGAACUCCUCUAUCAUUUCUUCUAUAGUUUUAAAGAAUGUAAGCUUGUAAAAUGUGUCCAAGACUGGGAUCCAGAUAAUACGGGUGUUUUUGAUCCUAAAUGGUCUGAAGGUUUGGGAGAAAAAACUGAACAAAAUACAUUUGUGUCUGCCAGGGAGAAUCCAGUUCAAUCUUUACAUAAAACGGGUUAUAGAUGCUCUUGUCUCUGCCAACAAUCUCCAGCAGAGUCAGGUUCAUUGACAAAACUAGAAUGCUGCAAUUUAUAUCGUAAACCACCUAAGCGGCCAGUGUCAGGCAUAUUUGAACCGUCAGCAGAAAGUUUUAAAUAUAAUGCAGAUAUGGAAACUGACUUACAUAAUUCUUUAACACUUUAUGGUACGUUAAAAACUUGUCUGUCACAUAAAGAUUCUACAGAGCAUCCAAUUCCAGACAAAUGUCCAUCAUCAGUAAAUUUGGAAACAAAUGUUUUGAGGUCAUCCUUAAGUCUAAAUUGCUCAAAUGGGAUUUUCACAUCUCCAUCUGAUGGUAUACAAACUUCCUCUUCUUUGCCAGGUCUCUGUGAUUCUGUUCCUCUGUCAAAUUAUGAAAACACUCCUUUACAUAAAACUAAACUAAACAGUGAACAACCCGACAGACAAACUGAUUCUGAUUCUGAUCAGAACAAGGCUGUGUCUCUCAAUUCACCAUCUCCAGACAAAGAACUCGUUUUGGGAGGAAUGACACAGCUAAGUAAUAGAGUUGUAAGAUUUAUUGAACACAAUGGAGAGAGACAUUUUCUUCUGAGUGAUGUCAAUCCUUCAUGGAUAUCUUCCACAGUGUUUGACAAACUUCUGUAUCACAAUAUUGCAGUACAGAAAUGUUCCUUGUCUCAAAGUAGUUUUUUAUUAAAGUUAAACGAUAGUCUACCUCAUGUUGAGACAGAUGACAUGUUAUUAGUUGCAGAUAAUGUUUUACCACAACUGAAGAAGUGUUUAGCAGGCAGUGAAAAUGCUAAUUCACUGUGCAGUGCAGUGUCUUUGCCUCCAUAAACUGCAACUGACCUCUCCAAAUCUAAACAUUCUCCUCCUUUUGGUCCUCAUGUCUUCCUUUUGAAGAUAUUGAGUUGAGUAAUUCUGGAGAAGCUGUCUUAAUAAAUAUAAGACAAGAAGUUUGUGAAAAUAAAUUGUUUUAGUCUAUUUCUCCACAGUGACAAUUUAAAACAAAUGACAUUAAUUGCUGAAGACAGUUUUUUUUUUAAAUUUCAACCUUUACGAUAGUAAGCUAUCUUUGUUGUUUAGGAAAUUUAAAAGCUACUCAUGUUUUUGCUGAACUCAUUGUAUAUUUUCCAUGUCCAUCUUUCUACGACUCCUUUUCUUUACGACUGCUUUAGGCUGAUCAAAAUCAUGACUUUACACAUUUCUUUAUAAUGUACAAAACGAAACAAAAAGCGUCAAUUCAUUAAUUUACCAAAUAUUUCAUUCCUUCUUUUUUGUCAUGGCUGUUUUCAGAAAACUGUGAUUUUUUUCCUUCUUUAGUCAUUAACGAAUUUUAAGAUUAGUCUUUUUUCAAUUUAUUUCAUCAACAUUUUCAGAACAUUUUUUUUUUUUUUACAAAUGGCUGCAACAGAUUGUGUGUGUGUGUGUGGUGUGUGUGUGUGUAUUUAUCUUCCACUCCUUUUCCUUGAUAUCAGUAAGAAAAAUCUUUUGGAAUCAUGACACAUGAUAUCCUGUCUUGAACUUUUAUAUACGUGCAUGGUAUAUCACUGAUUACAUUAAAUGCCAAACUCAAGUUGUCUCAUUUUACUACAACAACAACAACAAUAACAUUUAAAGGAAUUUCACUGAACAAACAAAUCUGCUGAGAUUGUACAUUUUUGAUGCAAAGUUAAGAACAAGAGUCUGGUUUUCUUUUCUCUUAGAACUCUAUCGAUUUUGUUUUAUCUUCAAUGCUAUGCAUUUAGUGAACUUCACAGAAUCAUUCAGUAGUCGUCAUUCUUGUUGAAUGUAGGGACAUUCCAACCAGGUUUUUAUAAUUUAAAAAAAAAACAAAAAAACUUAAUAAUUUCCAUUUUGCUUCCCUAAUACAAAAUGGAAUCUCUUCAAAAUUCUCCUGCUUUUGGAAUCUUGGGUAAAUUCUUUGAGCAGUAAUCACAACCCUUUAGCCGAACAGUUGCCAAUGACUUUGGUAACUUGGAAGUAUGGGGGGGGGGGGACAGUGGAGAUUGAAAUGAAAUGGUUGAAAAGUUUUUCUUCAAAAUAGGUUAAUGCUGCUGUAGUGAUACCAAAACUGUAUUUGUGUAUUGUAAAUGGUUUUUUUUUUUCACAACAACCAUAAGACCUAAAAGUAUCAUCUGUUCUUAAAUUGUGUCAGAAUGUUCUCUCUUCCAAAUUUUUAUUCUGGGAGUUCUCCUUGACAAUCUGUGUGAGAUUUCAUAUUUAUUGUGGCAAACAUUUAUUUUUAUUUUUAUAAUUCAUUCUCAAGCUCAACUAUUUCCUCCAUGUUUAUCUGUAUUUGUAAUUUCUGUGUGUGUGUGUGUGUGCUACAUACACACACAUAUAUAUAUAUAUAUAUAUAUAUAUAUGAACACACACACACACUAUACAUAUAUAUAUAUGUGUGUGUAUAUAUAUAUAUAUAUAUAUAUAUAAAGUAAUAUGUGUGUGUGUGCUCUUGUGCAUUUUAUGUUGUACCACGUGGAAAGGAUUUGCCCUUUCUCAGAAGCCAACGAUUAUGAGGAAAACAAGUUUGUUGAUCCUUACUUGAAACUGUUAAAACUUGCUGGAAAUACAUUCAGGGUCAGAUUGGUCCAUGUUUUUUCUUCUUUCUUUUCUUUUUUUAUAAAAGCAAAACCCAAGAAAAUGGCUGAGACGAUGCUUUCUGUGGAAGAGCUUCUUCAGGUGAUUCAUGUCGAAAGGGAUCAGCUCUGGAAUUAUUUUACUUUUACAAGAUUGACAGGAAGCUAACAACCUGAUGCUUUUCAUUCUGAAAUCUGAAGAAUACAUCAAAGCGAUACUACCAUCUUUUCUGGAGUUAGUCACAGGUUCAAUUCAUGCUGUUUCCUCCUCAUUCCAUUCAAAAUCAUUCAUCCAUGUCAAAACUGCUGAUAUUGUUUACUGUUUAAUCAAGCAUUACUCUCCAUGUCAAUGUGGAGUGUCAUGCUUGGAAAGGCUUUCAUGUUUUAGGUUAAUCAGUCCAGAGUUUUUGCAGAACUGAAGGUUAGUUUGUUUUUAAGAUUUCAGUUAAUGUGCUAUUUGGUAGGGAAGAUCUCAAAAACAGAAUGUAUUGGGUGGGGUGAGGUGGGGGGUUUCAUUGUGUUUUAGCCCAAUGUUGGCUCUUAUUGUGAAAUUCCUGAUAUAAUGUGUCUCUUCUUCAUGAAUGGAAUUUGUGAAAAUAAUGUAAAGUAAAUAAAAAUCUUUUCAAUUAUGUUAAAACAUUGUUUUAUACGACAGGAAAUAAAUGAUCAAAUACA